AUGGCUUCCCAUCUCGGCCAUCCCGGCCAUCCCAGCCAUCCUAGCCAUCCCGGUCCCGUCGCCAGUGUCUUCGAGGUGCAGGAACUUCCGGAUCCCAACUUGGUGCCUCCGUGGGCUCAAGCCACACCGGCCACACCAGCGACACCGGCGACACCGGCCGUUGGUGCAGCACCGCCGGUAGCACCUCAGGCCAACUUGGCGCCGGCGCCGCGGGCAUCGCGCAGUCGCUCCAGUUCCUCCAGGAAGAUCGAAGAUUUCUCAAUUUGA